AUGGUUAGUAAUAAUAUUGAAGGAUUGAAAGGUACUUGGGAAUAUAUUAAUGCAGAAAAUUUUAGUGAAUUAUUAAAAGAACUUGGAGUUAAUCAAGAGAUACGUACGUUUACAUCAGCUGAAACUUUUAAACCUCGUGUUAUAAUUGAUGAAAAAGAUGGAAAAUGGUCAUUGAAAUCAGAAAAUACUUUCAAAACAACAACAGUUGAAUUUACACCUGGAAUUGAAUUUGAAGAUAUAUCACCAGAUGGGCAUGAAAUAACUAUGAUGAUUGAAUUUGAAAAUGGAAAAUGGAUUCAAAGAGUACGUUAUAGAAAUGGAAAAGAAAUGUUUGUAAAGCGAUGGAUCAAUGACAAAGAUCAAUUAGAAGUUAGUAUGCAAUGUGGAAAUGUUACAGCAACUCAAAUAUACAAACGUCUUACGUAA